AUGGACUAUAGAAGGUUAGUUGAAAGAGUAAGGCUUUUUCUAGAGAAAAAAAGAUUUUUGAUCAUACUGGAUGAUGUAUGGGAUCUGAAAGCUUUCAAUGAUAUUCGUGCUGCCAUUAAUGUUAAUGACAACAAUGGAAGCAGAAUAAUCAUUACAACCCGGAUUGCUGAGGUAGCUUCACUAGCGCAUGAUAGUCGGAAGCUUGAGCUGAGGGGGUUGGAAUGGACUCAGGCAUGGGAUCUAUUCUGUAAGAAGGCAUUUUGGAAAGAUAAGGAGAGGAGAUGUCCUCAACAACUGGAGGAGUUGGGGGAGAAAAUUGUAUUGAAGCGUCAUGGGUUGCCGCUAGCUAUUGUCUCUUUAGGUAGUCUUCUAUCCCUAAGAGAGAAAACCAAGUCAGAAUGGGAGAAAGUUUAUGAUCAGCUGAGCUGGGAGUUGAAUAAGAACCCAAAUUUGGACCAUGUGAAGCAUGUUCUGAAUCUCAGCUAUAACUAUUUGCCGAGAUAUCUUAAGAACUGCUUCUUGCAUUGCAGCAUGUUCCCGGAGGAUCAUGUGCUUCAGAGAAAGAGGCUUAUGAGGCUAUGGGUCGCAGAGGGAUUUGUGGAGGAAAGGGGAUCAAGCACAAUGGAAGAAGUGGCAGAGGACUAUCUCAAGCAGCUCAUCCAUCGAUGCAUGCUUCAAGUUGUAGAUAGGAAUGAAUUUGGUAGAAUAAAACACUGUCGAAUGCACGAUUUUGUACGAGAGUUGGCUGUAUCAUUGUCUAAGAAGGAAAAUUUUAGUGCGGUACUUGAUGAUCUUCAGAUGGUGGGGAAGACGGGUGAUGAAACACGACGCCUGUCAGUGCACAAUUACAGUAACGAAAUCCAAUCGAGCAUGGAGUUGCCAAGACUUCGCACUUUCAUGAUGUUAGACCGUUCGAUGUCCUCUUCAUCAUCAUCCUUCUCGUCGCUGUGUUCCAGCUCUAAAUAUUUGACCGUCUUAGAUCUGCAAGGCAUCUCUAUUGAGAGAGUACCAGAUGAAAUCGGGGACUUAUUCAAUCUGCGCUUUUUGGGUCUGAGGAAAACGAAGGUGAAGGUGCUACCUAAAUCCUUGGGAAGCCUUCGUAACCUGCAGACGCUCGACCUCGGGGACAGUGAAAUAGAGAAACUGCCAAGCACGACAAGGAACCUCAAGGAGUUGCGUCACUUGUUUGCCGAGAAGAUUCUAGAUGCAAAUUGUAAUACUAUAAAUAGUUGUUCAGGUGUGCGAGCUCCGAGGGGACUGUGGAAUUUGAAAGACCUGCAAACUCUCCAAGCAGUGGAAGCAAACAUGGAAUUUGUGAAACGGCUAGGGAACUUGACGCAACUAAGAAGCAUUCGGAUAAGGAAAGUGAGCGGCAUCCAUUGCAAAGGCCUAUUCACUUCGUUAUCAAGGUUGCAUCACCUAUCCUAUUUGUCCCUUCAUGCAAGCAACGAGAAUGAGAUUCUCCAGUUGGGGGGCUGGGAUCAUCCACCUCAUCAUCUUCUACAGCUUGAUCUGAAAGGGCAACUGGCAGAAGGGACAAUGGAGUUGCCCUUAUUUCGUGCCCUUGGAGCUAGCCUUCGGAAAUUAUAUCUGGGUUGGAGUGGGUUGGGAGAGGAUCCACUUCGAUCGCUCUCUCAGUUGCGCGACCUUGUAUGGCUCAAACUGCAGAGGGCGUAUGACGGGCAGCGAUUGUGGUUUCGUGCAGGAUGGUUCCCUAACUUGAAGCAACUCUCUUUAUUCGAUAUGCCGCAACUUAAUCAGGUUGAGGUAGAGGAUGGCGCCAUGCCAAAGCUGGAGUACCUAAACCUGUAUGGCCUACCCGCGUUAAAGGAUGUUCCACGAGGCAUCGAAUAUCUCACAUCCCUCCAGACACUGUACUUGCGGGAUCUGCAUCCAGAAUUCAGAGGGAGGUUCGAAGAAAGCGACGACAAGAACAAGAUUCAGCGCAUCCCUAAUGCCUAUUAUAUUUUUAAGAGAGGGGACAAAACAAAAUAUAAAAGACUUUCAUGA